AUGAAUAUUGAUAAUGAUCACCAAAAGAAAAAUAGCACAAAUGAGGUAAAUGGAGAACGGAAUCCAGACGAAGUGUACAAGGAUUUCCGAACAGCCAUCGUACAGAUCCUAGGAUCAGUUGAGGAACCAAAUCUUAACGGUAUUAGUGGAGUAGGCGCUGAUGGUAUUCCGGGCGAAAUUGUUGGCAUCGAACCGGCGCCGGUGAGAAAUCGGGAGAAGGGUGUGAAAAGUCGUGGAGAAGUCAGGAGUCCGGGGUUGGAUGUGAGGAGCCGAGGGCAUGACGUGAGGGAGGCGGAAGUGGUGGAAGAUCCGCUACCAGCUGCGGUUCCUGUUGCGAUGCCCAAUGGGAAUGUGGCGAGGAUCAUGAGUCCAAAGCCUGAAGUGAUUAAAGUGCGCGGUACAACGACGAGACUGCCAACGCUGUGGGUAGUGGGAGGUCCGGGCAGCAACAAGGCCACGUUGUGUCAGCGAGCAGUAUUGCAGCGGCAGGGCUGGAUCCAUUUCAGUUUGGGUCAACGUCUUCGCGCUUUGGCUGAGGCUGGCGGCGGGCCGGCAUCUGAGGGUGCGAUGGCGCGCGCGGCUGUGAGUGGCGGCGAGCCGGCGGCUGGCGAGCUGGUGGAGCGACUGGUGCGCGCUGCCGCCGGCGAGGCCGCGCGCCUGCACUGCGGCCUGCUACUGGACGGCUUCCCGCGCGACCUCGAACAGAUGCACAUGUUCCAGGAUGAGUUUCACGUUACGCCUCGGAUGGUUUUGCUGGACUGUUCAAAACUGCAACUGGGACGUGGCAGACGAGACGACUCCGUGGCGGCUUUCCGACGCCGCCUAGAGGUGUUCCGAGAGCACAGCCUGCCUAUGCUCAAGACACUUGACCAACAACACCGAUUGGUCAUUGUUGAUGGUGACACUGACUCACCGGAAGUGCAAGCGGAAUUUACACGUGUGCUAUUAGAAGAAAUGGAAAAGGCCGAAGCUAUCGCGGAGAUGCCGGAGAAGGAAACAAAAGCUACCAACAUAAGCGCACAACCGCACACACAGCUUACACACAAUAUAGAAGAAUCAACAUUGCAGCGCACUGCGGCUCUGCCGCGACAGCAGAAUGGUUCGCUUCCUAACGGCGUCGUGCACAACGGCUUCUUCCCCAACAACAAGGUUAAACCAAUUGCCAACGUAACGAAGAUAUCAACUAUUUCGCAAAUGACCCACGACGACGUGAAGCGGCUGUACCAGCAGAGCACCGGCGAAGUUUCACUUAAUACACAUCAUAUUUAA